AUGGAGCUCGCCCGGCAGCCCGAGGAGCCCGGGCCCGCGGGCGGCGGCCCCGCGCGCCCGGCGGGCCUGGCGUCCCUCCUGGGCCGGCUGGGGCCGCGCUCGCCCCUCGGCUCGGCGGGGGCGCCGAGCCGCGGCGGCGAGGGCUGCGUCGAGGACUGGGACUGCGGCUUCGUGCCCGCGAUGGGCAACUUCAGCAUCCAGUACAACUUCACUUCGGCGUCCAUAGCCGUGGAGAUCCUGAACAAGGCCGUCGAGGAGCCUGCCUGGAGCCAGGAGGUGACGCUGCCAGCCGCGUUCCUGGGCUGCAUGUUCGGGAUGGUGACGAUGGGCCGGCUGGGCGACGUGAUUGGGUGCGUGCAGGCGAUGCGGGUCACGUUGCUGCUCACCGUGGUCGGGUCCCUGGUGCCGGCCAUGGCCUUCGGGUCGCCGGACAGCACCUAUUUGAUCUCGAGGGAGGGAAAUCAGCAUAACCAUUAUUUUUCUAGGGACCGCGCAAAGUUCCCUGAGGCUGCGCUGGCGUUCCCGGCGCCGCCCCGGGCGCUCUCCGCGCGCCAAGAAGGUGGGCCCAGCGCCCACCCAGAAGAUCCGCGCGGACCUCCGAAAGCUGAUGUGUUUGCAUGCCGUCUUUCCUGCUCGACGGUCGUGUGCCUGGGCCGGCUGCUGCUGGGCGUCGGCGUUGGCGGCAUCUACCCGCUCUCCGCCGUCUCCUCCGCGCACGGCGGGCACGGCGCGGGCGGUGCCAGCGGCCGGGUGGCGCGGGCGUUCUUCUGGCAGUCCGUGGGCCAGGUGGUGCCCUACCUGGUCGCGAUGGCGCUGCUGAAGGGCAUGCCGGUCAGGGAGUCGAGUCUGUGCAGGAUCCCGGUGUGGGAGUUGUGGCAGUUCCGGCUGCUCUUCGCGCUGGGAUCCGUGCCUGCUUGCAUCGUUUGGUUGGCUUCCCUGCGCGACGAGGGGCCGCGGCGGCCGCCGGACGCCCCCCGGCGCGCGCGCAGCGCCGUCGCGGCGUCGGUGAGGCGGCAGCCGCGCGAGGUGCUGUGGACGCUCGCCGGCACCGCGUCCGUCUGGUUCCUCUACGACGUGGCCUUCUACGGCACCGCCGUCUUCACUCCGAAGAUAUUGGAAGCGAUCUGCCUGAGCGGGGACAAGGUUGGGGGUACGUGCGAGCAGUCGCUGUACCAGACCUCGCUGGAGUCGGUGAUCGUCACCCUGAUGGGGCUGCCUGGUGCCCUGCUGGCUGUUGCACAAGUGAGUUCGCUGGGGUCCAAGAAUCUGAACGUGUGGGGUAACAUGCUGAUUCCCUUCUUGCGGUGGUCUUCGGGGUCAUGGGCGUGGUGUGGCGCGUGGACCAGCACCAGGAGGCGCUGCUCUUCGUGCUCUUCUGCCUCCUCCAGUUCCUCCUGAGCUGGGGGCCGAACCUCGGCACGUACGUCCUCCCGGCGGUCUGCUUCCCCACGGACGUCCAGAGCACCUGCCACGGCCUGUCCGCGAUGGGCGGCAACCGGCUCUGGAACACGGCGCUGGGCGUCCCGGGCGUGCUCUGCAUCCAGGCCGCCGCGUGCCUGCUGGGAGCCGCUGCGUCGCAGGCCCUGCUGCGGCACGACUGGGAGUACGCCGACGCCGCGGGCCGCAGGGAUCAGGAGCCGGCUUGCCGGGUGAUGGCACCCUGCGGCCACCCGAGCCGACCUCUGGCGCGCCGCGGCCCGCGCGGGGAAGGGCGGGCGGGG